AUGGCUCCUAACACACAGUCGUAUGGAGGGCGAAAUCCACUCUACCUAGAGAAAAAGAUGGAAUUCACCAAGAUGUAUGAAAUGCAGAAAUACCGCGCCCGUUCCAUUGCAGAAAAACUGUCAAUCCAAGGCCAUCGAUGUGGGAAGACAUGGAUUGUGAACAUUAUCAAGCGGAAGAGAGAAUGGAUCGAAUAUGAGAGCAACAUGCCUCUUGAUCGAAAGCGAAAGCUUCGGAAGACGGCGAAUGAUGAACUCAAUGCCAUCCUUUAUGAGUGGUUUAAAGACUCGACGACACGCCUUCUUCCUGUGAGUGGAUCUCUUCUCCAAGAGAAAGCAAGACAAAUUGCAGUAGAGUUACAGCUCGAGGACUUCAAGGCAUCCAAUGGCUGGUUGGAAGCGCUCCGUCGCCGGCACAAUAUCGUCUUUGGAAAGAUGAUUGGAGAGAGUGGUGGGGUAGAGACAGCUGCGGUUGAUGACUGGAAGCAGAGGCUACCCAAAUUGUGCGAUGAUUGCUCUGGCGGGAAGCGUUCUAAGGAGUGCAUAACUCUGAUGCUGUGUGCGAAUGCCCUCGGAGAGAAAGAGCAACCGAUGAUCAUAGGGAAGGCCAUCAAACCACGCUGCUUCGGGAGGCUUGAAAGGAAGGACCUCCCUGUUGAUUACCAUGCAAACAAGAAGGCCUGGAUGACCAGUAACCUAUUCGAACUCUACAUGAAGAAGCUCAACAAGAAGAUGCAGCGUCAACGUAGAAAGAUCAUCAUGCUUCUCGACAACGCGCCUUGCCACCCCUACCUUCAGCUAUCGAACAUCAAGUUGGUCUUCCUGCCACCAAACACCACGUCAAUCACUCAGCCAAUGGACCAGGGCAUCAUUCAGGCAGUGAAACUUAAGUUCCGUAAGCGCCAGCUGAGGGGGAUCAUCAAUCGGAUGGAGAGAGAACCUGGCCUGACAGCUCCUGAACUGAUGAAGAAAACUGAUGUGCUUCAGGCUAUCCAGUGGAUUGACAAAUCUUGGAGGGACACCACUGAUGAGACCAUCCAGAAGUGUUUUCGGAACUGUGGUAUUGGCACUCAGAACCUCGAAGCUGAGAAAGAGGUGGAGUCAUCUGAAGUGUCAGGGGAUGGACUAGACGCUGUGUGCCAGAGGGAGUUUCAGGUGUCUUUGGAAGAGUUGGCUGAGAUAGAUGUAGGACUUCUUACUACAGAUCCUGAGCAGGCAUCCACCAUAGAGGAUUUUCAGCGGAGAUUGGAGUCCAAUGGAGAUGAUAGCGAUGAGAAUGAUGAUGAUGAUGAGCCACAAGCCAGUCAACCUGAUCCCGAACUAAGAAAUCUUCUCGAGGUUAGCAGUAGACUUGCCAAGAUUAGGGCUUUUGCUGUUGCCAAAGGAUUCAAGGACAUUCCGCAGAAAUGCUCUGACCUUCAGGACUCGGUUGAAUCCGAACAUCUUCGUCAGAAGCAAGUUGCUAGGCAGACUACAAUGUUCGACUUUUUUAAGAAGACUUGAAGCUCUUUAGUUGCAAACCAAAUGGCCCUUUUCAGGGCCAAUCAUUACCCAAACGGCCCUUUUCAGGGCCAACCAUUACCCAAACGGCUCUUUUCAGAGCCCACAUGACACUAAGUGAGAUACGUCCCCGUCGUGGUGUCGGUAAUGCGUUGGGCCGGGCCUGCGUAGCUGAAUCUCACAUACACUAAAUAAUUCUUUUAGAUCUUCAAAUCAGUUUGCUUUUAUUGGCUUACAAAGCACAUUUAAUUAACAUUGAUGGUUUGAAAUGGUACAAGUACAUGUAUAGGCAAUGUUAAAAUAAUUAGCACU